AUGAAUCUUGUGAAUAUACACUCUCAGGACCUUUCAGAACUGUUAGGCAUUAAAUUUAAUGUAGUUAAAUACAGAAAACUUCCACAGAACCUUGCACUGUCAUUUCCUACAUUCACGCCAGGGACAAUCCAAGGAGAACUUAGAAGCCUAUUUGGGAAUAUAUCACCAGGGGAACUAACAUCAGAAAGCCAAGGUUACAGCUGUCCUCCAGUCAAACAACUGCUUGAUAAACCAAAGAUCAUCAAUACCAUACACACUUGGUAUAAAAUAAGCCUAUACAGUUUAGUCCAUCAGAGUGAUGAAAAGCUCUGGACAAGAGGAGAUUCCAGCACAAUGAAACUCUACAGAGUCAGUAAGGGAUCUCUACUCAACUCAAUCACAACAAAAUCAAGGAGCAUCCCCACUGAUGUAGCAGUAACAAAAAAAGGCCAUCUUGUUUUUAUUGAUCCUUCUGAUAAUACUAUAUACAUUGUGAAUAAUGAAAAGAUGGAGAUUUUGAUCAAAUUUAAGAAAGGGAAACCCCGCAAUAUCUGUGGUACCUCUUCUGGUGACCUUCUUGUUGUCAUCAGCAGUUAUGAAAACAAAGGAGGGUCAAAACUUGUUCGUUACUUUGGCUCCAAAGAGAAACAAACCAUUCAGUUUGAUGGUAAGGGUCAUCCUCUCUAUUCAUCCUAUUCAUCUGACACAACUACAAAAUAUGUCACUGAGAACAGGAAUCAGGAUAUCUGUGUGGCUGAUGAAGGAGCUAAAGCAGUAGUGGUGGUCAAUCUGGCUGGGAAACUGAGAUUUAGAUACAUUGGACAUACACUUUCUUCAAACAGCCGAUCAUAUAUACCAAGAGGAAUUACCACAGACAGUCAGAGUCACAUACUGGUAGCUGAUUAUCACAAUCACUGUGUCCACAUCCUACACCAGGAUGGACAGUUCCUUUGUUACCUAGACUGUGGACUGAAAUAUCCCUAUGGAUUGUGUGUAGAUACAAAUGACAAUCUAUUUGUUGCUCAGGAGAGAAAUAAACAAGUAAAGAAAAUCAAGUAUAUGCAGGAAAUUUGA